AGUGCCGUAGGGUCAGUCACGUGCGUCCCACUUACUCCCCGACUCCCACAGGCUCCCGGGCUGCCGGGCCCUGGGGGCAGCAGGAACCUCGCCUCGCCCGGGGAGGGGACCGAAGCUCCCAGACAACCCCGCCUUGUCUUCCCUCUGUGCUACGGGCCUUGGCUUGACGGGACCUGUAGGGCCACUGCAACCCUGCCUGGGGUCCCGGUCGCGUGUAGGUUCUCUGGGGAAAGCGAGAGACCGGAACGGCCUCCGGGUCGGUCUGUCUCUUCUACUGCGGGCCACUACGCGCCCCUCCGUCUGAUCAUCCUCCAUCCCGGCGCUUCUGUACUCCGCCGUGGCUGUUUCCCACUUCCUGUUUUCUUCCCGGCUCUGGCGCCAUCGAGGUCUGCCUGGAGUGGGGGAGGUGUUGAGGCCCCCCAGGAGGCAGACGUAUUUUCAUCCCCUCCCCACAUCUGACCCCUAUAAUUCCCUAAAAAAAAGUUUAGGUAGUCAUGUUAAGUUGGGGGUUGUUUCCCAGAACUUAUGCCCCCACCCAGGCUUGCACAGUCUGGGAUAUCCAGGUGUGCCUUCUGGGACCCAGCCAUCCCAGCCCUUCCUGUCUGCAGCCACUCUACACCCUGUGUUUCUGGAGCCCUUCCCUCAGCCCCAGCCGCCUUCUCCCAGCCUCACUGGACCCACAUGCCAGAGAGGUCCUAUACCCUCAAGCUUUCUUGCUGCAGAGCUGGUGUUUCCGUGAUUUAAGCACGUGGACCCGUAUACAACACACACAUGGUCUCCUUGCCCGUGCCUGGCUCCUGGCUCCAAGGCCUGGGGAACAGAGCCCCAUUGAGACACCCUGACGUCACCCCCAGUCCGUCCCCUCCCCAAAGCUGGGAACAGUCCCUCGUGUAUGCUGUGUCCUGAUGAGGAAAGCCGGUACUAGGGUGGUGCUGGGGUGGGGUGAGGAGGGGUCUCUGCCAGAAGUGGCAGCCAGGGUCCAGGCCUGGGGGUGAUGUUUUUUAGGGAAGGGGGUUAACAAGGGGGCCUGGGACAGCUCCCAGAAUGUGGGCUUGAGGCCUUUCCAGAGCCCCCCACCUCCUUUCCGAGUUCCCUUUGUGUUGCAUGCAGUCUCUCUCCCUCUCUUCUGCAAAGUUUAUUUUUAGCCUCCUGCUCCCCCGCUCCCAGGACUGUCGCUGCACACACGUUGCCUGGUUACCGGGACACGGAGGCUGGGGCUGGUGGGCUGGGAAGGGUGGCUUUAAUUUUGGGGGGGAGGGUGGAAGUCAGUACACCCCUCCACCUCCAGACUGAUGUCUUAGGGGCUUCGCCUCCCCUCCGCCCCCCCUCCCCCCGGACUGGGAACUAGAUUGGAACUGAGGUGGGAGUAGCAUGGAGCUUUGUGCCCUGAUGGGAACCAGGAGAAUUUUGGAGGUGGUUUUAGGGUAUAUGGAGGGGGGACUUGAUGACUUGGGAUACCCUGGACCUUGGUUCUCUAUAGCAGAAUAGAGAUGAUGGGGUGAACUCCCGGAUUCCCAAGAGAAGGAUGGGGCUGUGAGCGCAUGGGUCCUUAGGGGUUGUCAGGGACUGUCCUUGCUAAACUGAAUAGGGCUGCUGGUGCAGGACUCUGGGCACAAAGUCCCAAACAGCUGGAAAUCAUGUUCCUGGAACCUGGCAGUGACUGGCUGGUUUGAGGCAGGGAUUUCUGAAUGGGGCAUGUGGACUAAGGGGAGUGCUGAACUGGCCAUCCCUUUCUACCCAGGGUUCCGAAGUCUGUGUAGGGGAACGUUGUGUAAUGUAUUUGGAAAAGGUGGUCCCUGCUGGACUGGAGCUCCUGAUUCCUGUGUUGUCCCAAGGAGAAGGAGCCUCUUUUGGAUUUCACUCUGGGGUUGAGGCUAUAGGGAGGCUCAGUCUUGCAGAGGCCUGGUUGGUUUCUGCUUGAGCUGGGCCCAAAGGGGGGGGGGUACUGACUCACACCAGUUUGGCUAGGGCUUGGGACCCCACCCAUUUUUUUGCCAUGUACCUUGGUCUUCUAUAAUGGCGCUAGGGCCCCUGAUCUGCCUCCCCCCUUCCUUGCCUUCCUCUCCUUUCCCUCCUCCCACCCCUCCAUUACCGGCUGCCUGGUGCUGAAUUAUUGAUGGUCCCUGAUUACCCGGGGGUUUGGGAAAUGACAACAGCCGCAGCCCCCCCACCCCAGGCUGCCCACCCCCUCUAGGGACCAAGUCAGCCCACCACCAACCUCUACCCAAGGUUAAUGCUGGGGGCGGGCCAGCAGGUGGGAGUAAACUGAGGAUGGAAAGGAGAGGGUGGAAGGAGGAGGAAGGUGACAGUUCUGGGCCAGCUUGGGCUCUGUCUGGACCAGGUCCCCUCCAUCCAGGUCCUAAGGGUGGACUGGGGGAGGGCAUUGUGGCUCAGAGGGUCCAGUGCUGUGGGGGGUGGGGGGGCUCUUUCUCAGACAGUCUGGGUUUCACUCUCAAGGGAAGACAGAAGCCUCUGUGUGUGCAAGCGCUGACCUCAUCGUCAACCAGCCACCCCACCCGGCCUGGUCCUUUUAAGAAAAAAAAAAUUCCUCUCUAGUCCUUGGUGGGAGUAAGAGCUUCUAUGUGUCUAAGAGGAAAGAUCAUAUAUGUUUCUAAGGAGAGUAUCGCAAAAGCUGGGGGGGGGGCACUAUUUAUUGGCUUUGAAUAGAAGUAGGGGUACAUAGAAAGGGCUGUACCCCCAUCCUACUGGCCAUGUGUGCCCUUUCCUCCCCCUCCCCCACUGGCAGCCCUGCCCGCCAUCCUGGCUUGGUGCCUGGCCCCCUGGCACUGGCCCCGGGACCCGCCGCCGUUGGUUUCCUGUUUCUCCCGGUGUCGCUGGAGCAGGCUCCUGCUCCCCCUCCUCCUAGCGCCUGUCUGACCCCCUCACAGAUACACAUACUGUCACCUUCUGAUGGAAGUCUUCAUUCGGGUUUGCCUUCCCAGACUGGGCCUACAAACCGGAGUCAUCCCCUGGUUCAAGGCAGAUCCAGCUGUGGCACUUUAUUCUGGAGCUGCUACGGAAGGAGGAGUACCAGGGCGUCAUCGCCUGGCAGGGGGACUACGGGGAAUUUGUCAUCAAGGACCCUGAUGAGGUGGCCCGCCUCUGGGGUGUCCGCAAGUGCAAGCCCCAGAUGAACUAUGACAAGCUGAGCCGGGCCCUGCGCUAUUACUAUAACAAACGCAUUCUGCACAAGACCAAGGGCAAGCGGUUCACCUACAAGUUCAACUUCAACAAGCUGGUGCUGGUUAAUUACCCUUUCAUCGACGUGGGGCUGGCCGGGGGUGCAGUGCCCCAAAGUGCUCCUCCAGUGCCAUCGGGUGGCAGCCAUUUCCGCUUCCCCCCUUCAACGCCUUCCGAGGUGCUGUCCCCCACGGAGGAUCCCCGAUCUCCACCGGCCUGCUCUUCAUCUUCCUCCUCUCUCUUCUCUGCUGUGGUAGCCCGACGUUUGGGCCGGGGCUCAGUCAGUGACUGUAGUGAUGGCACGUCAGAGUUGGAGGAGCCUCUGGGAGAGGACCCCCGGGCACGACCACCUGGCCCUCCAGAGCUGGGUGCCUUCCGAGGGCCCCCCCUGGCCCGCCUCCCGCAUGACCCUGGUGUCUUCCGUGUCUACCCCCGGCCCCGGGGUGGUCCUGAACCCCUAAGCCCCUUCCCUGUGUCACCCUUGGCUGGGCCUGGCUCCCUUCUGCCCCCUCAGCUCUCCCCGGCUCUGCCUAUGACUCCCACCCACCUGGCCUACACACCCUCGCCCACGUUGAGUCCUAUGUACCCCGGUGGUGGUGGGGGUCCUAGUGGCUCAGGGGGAGGCUCCCACUUCUCCUUCAGCCCCGAGGACAUGAAACGGUACCUGCAGGCCCACACCCAAAGCGUCUACAACUACCACCUCAGUCCCCGCGCCUUCCUGCACUACCCUGGGCUGGUGGUGCCCCAGCCACAGCGCCCUGACAAGUGCCCGCUGCCGCCCAUGGCACCUGAGACCCCACCGGUCCCCUCCUCAGCCUCGUCUUCCUCUUCCUCCUCUUCAUCCCCGUUCAAGUUUAAGCUGCAGCCACCUCCGCUAGGACGCCGGCAGCGGGCAGCUGGAGAGAAGGCUCCAGGAGGCACCGACAAGAGUGGCGGUAGCAGUGGCUCAGGUGGGCUGGCUGAGGGGGCAGGCGCAUUGGCCCCCCCGCCGCCACCACCCCAGAUCAAGGUGGAGCCCAUCUCAGAAGGCGAGUCCGAGGAGGUGGAGGUGACUGACAUCAGUGACGAGGAUGAGGAAGAUGGGGAGGUGUUCAAGACUCCCCGUGCCCCACCUGCUCCCCCAAAGCCAGAGCCCGGAGAGGCUCCUGGGGCAGCCCAGUGCAUGCCCCUUAAACUGCGCUUCAAGCGGCGCUGGAGUGAAGACUGUCGCCUGGAGGGGGGCGGGGCCCUGUCUGGGGGCCCUGAGGAUGAGGGUGAGGACAAGAAGGUGCGUGGGGACACGGGCCCUGGGGAGGCCGGGGGGCCACUCACCCCACGACGGGUGAGCUCUGAUCUCCAGCACGCCACAGCCCAGCUCUCUCUGGAGCAUCGAGAUUCCUGAGAGCCGUGGGCAAGGGCCCCCGUGUGCCCCCUCAACACCCUGAGCUUUUGCUGCCUUAACCCCCACAAAGCCCUGGAGGUGAGGGCAGCUCUCUUAGUCUCUUCCCUGCCUCCUCCCUUUCUCCUCCCCACAUUUUGUAUAAAACUUUUUUUUUUAAAUGGUAGGGUGGGUGGGUACCCAGGACUGGGGGCUAAUCUCCUCAUCUCUGGGUUUCUAAGUUCCGCAAAGUGGUGGGGGGGGGGCGGGAGGGGAGUGUUAGGGGGGCACCUCCAUUCUGGGGAUUUCUAUUUCAACAGAGGCUUUGGCCUUUUAACACCCAGGAACUUUUUUGUAUUACAAAAAAAAAGGAAGUAAAGCCUUGACCCCCUCCCUGUUCUCUGCCACUUACCUCGUCCUACCCCUUCUCUUCCGAGCCCCCUCCUCCCAGCCCUAACCCUGCCUUCCUUGCCCCUGUAGGGGCUGUGAGUGCCUGGGUUUCUUAGACCCCACAAGGUUGCAGUAGGGGCUGGAGGGACAAUUUUAUAAACCAAAAAUUCUGUGGGGGUGGUGGGGUGGGAGGCAGAGGAAGGUGAGGGGGGCUGCAAAUCUAUGGGCCACAAAUCUCUACAAGUGCCUGUUCCCCACUCCACCCCAGUACUGGUCCAGUCCCUCACACCCACCCCCAGCUGGUCCUAGGUCUGACCCAUGGGCAGGUGGGUCAGGGGACAGGAAGGGGGGUCCCUUGAAACCAAACUGGAAGCCCCUCUCUGCCUCCCAGGGGUGGCCUGGAGGGCUGUGGUCAAGCCUUAUUCUGUAUUGGGAAUGGAGGGUGGGGUGGGACUUAAGGGGGCUGCUGGAGAAUGUAUUCAAAACAAUAAAACUUUGGACCUUU